UGCAGAUCUUGUGUGAAUGUGUUUUACAGUGGAGUAGACGUUUCCUCUCUAAACUCCUCUCACUGAAACCAAAUAUUAAGGGUGCACAGGAAACAGGAGUCCAGAAGAAGAAUAAACACUGGUCAAAGAAAAAGUUGUGUCAUUUCCUUCAGUCAGGACUGUACUAUCAAUCCAUACUCAUCCCUCCCUCAAACAAAGGACCAAGAAGAAAAUGAGGAAGAAAACGAUGACCAUCUGAGCAAGCAAAUGCUUUAGGAGGACAACUGAAUCCAUCAACACAUAGAAAUGGAGGUGUAAAUGAUAGCAGAAGAGACAAGAUCAUAGCACCAUGAAUAGGACUCUAAUAUUACGUCUGGCAAUCUUGCUGGCAGUGUGGUUAAUAUGUGCAUCUGAUCAAUCUCAGAGGAGAGUACCUCAAAGAGACAGUGGAACUAGCAGGCCAACGCACAAUGGAAGAACUCUACCUAACCAUAGACAGCAUGGCCAUAUACUUAUAAAUCAAAAUAAAUCUGUAAAUAGGGGUUUAAUGAAUAGAAACUUGUCCCAACAAACUAAGCAGAGAGAUGAAAGCCAAACUGAGGUUAAAAGGACCAACACACAACAAAGGCCUGGUGUGCGGCAACCGCAAGCUAGAAUGUUGAAGGAUGACAGUGGAACAUCUGCACGCUCUAGAAUAACACGUUUUCCAUCUGCUGCAAGCUCACCAAAUAUUCUUGCUAGUUUUGCUGGGAAAAACAGAGUAUGGAUUAUCUCUGCACCUCACGCAUCUGAAGGCUAUUACCGACUCAUGAUGAGCCUUCUGAAAAAUGAUGUGUAUUGUGAACUUGCUGAAAGACAUAUUCAGCAGAUUGUCAUAUUCCAUGAGGAAGGAGAAGAGGGGGGUAAAAUAAGACGGAUUACAAAUGAAGGAAAGAUCAUAGAACAGACUCUUGAUCCAGCGAUAGUACCAAAAAUUAUGGCUUCAUUAAAACUAGAAAAAGGAAAGUUUGGUAUGGUUCUUCUUAAGAAGACAUUGCAAGUAGAGGAAAGGUAUCCUUAUCCUGUUAGGCUAGAAGCAAUGUAUGAAGUUGUGGAUCAAAGUCCAAUUAGAAAAAUAGAAAAACUCAGGCAAAAAGGUUUUGUGCAAAAAUGUAAGGCAGCUGGAGUGGAAGGGCAAGUAUCGGCAGAAGGCGAAAGUGGUGGGAGCAGUAGUGGAACAAGUAAUACAAGAGGUAUGAAGCCUACAUCAGGAAGUGAAACUGUUCAAUCCUCGGUUAAAAAGGAGGAGCCUAAAAGAAAUGUAGUCCCUACAAGGUCAACAAGGGUUAAAAGUACAAGAAAGCCUUUCAUAGCACCACCAACACCUUCAACCACAAUUAAAAUAACAACUAUGACUCCUUCCACAAAAGCCACAACACGCAUAUUAACUACAGCUUCAAGGGCACCAACAACACUGCCAACAACAAUUCUUCCCACAACUCAAAAGCCAUGGUCUACUAAGUCUGUUACCACUUCUGAGUCUCAGAGAUUGCCUGUGCAAGCUGAAGUAACAACACGAGAUCCAGAAACAGCAGGACACUAUUUUCCUGUGAGAACCGAUAAACACAGAGAUAGACAGCGUGUGCAGACAGGAAAGCACUUUGCUACUACAAGCAAAACAAACAAACCAAUGGUCCAUGAGUCCCACACAGAUGCUCCCGUUGUUUCAACAACCACUACAGAGCAUUAUACCAAAGAAAACACAGGGCGGUUUGGGGAUAACCGCACUGAUAGAAAAGACCAUAGUUCUCAUGAUGUCACACCAACUCAAAAGAGACCACAGAAGACUAAAUCUUCUAAAAAGAAAGGAGUUGAGAAAAUAUUUACCAAUGAAUACGAAGAUAAAUUUGUGGCUGGCAAACCUACAACAUCACAGGUCGAGGAGACCGUAGAAGAGGCAUAUAUUCCACCCAAAAAAGGGAAAGAACAGAAAAAGGAGGAAAAACCCGAGAAGAUUGAUAAAAAGAAAAAGAAAGCUGACAAAUCAGAAAGACCUCCAAAAAAAGAAAAAAGUGCUAAAAAAGAUAAGUCUGAUAAAAAAGUUAAGCCAGAAAAAGAGCGUAACAAAAAGAAUAAAAAGACUGGGAAAGGGGAGGAAGAUACUUAUAUAAAACCAGUGAAAAAGACAUUUACAGAGGCUCCGAAAAGAUCAUUGUCAACAUUCUUGGACAACUUUGAAGGAAAACGAAGACUUUUGCUCAUCACAACUCCUAAGGAGGACAACAACAUGUAUUCCCAGCAACGUGACGAGUAUCUGGAGACAGUUUGUGAGAUGGCCAUAAGGAAGAUCUCAAUUAUCACAAUUUUUGGAACAUUGACCAACAGCACAAUGAAAAUUGAUCACUUCCAACUAGAUAAUGAAAAACCAAUGAAGGUGAUUGGAGAUGAUGAAUUGCUGGACAAUGAGUUGAUCACAGAAUUAAGAAAGGAGUACGGCAUGACCUACAAUGAUUUCUUCAUGGUACUGACAGAUUUUGAUAUGAGAGUGAAACAAUAUUAUGAAGUGCCUAUUGCAAUGAAGUCAGUGUUUGAUAUUGUUGAUACAUUCCAAUCCAGAAUUAAAGAGAUGGAGAAGCAGAAAAGAGAUGGCAUUACAUGUAAAAGGGAAGACAAGACAAGGUCACUUGAAAGUUUCCUCUCAAGGUUCCGUUGGAGGAGACGUCUGCUGAUUAUAUCUUCGGCCAAUGAUGAAGAAUGGGCUUAUCAGCAUCAACUUUAUGCACUGACAGGACAAGCUUGUAACAUGGGUUUACGGCACAUGGCUAUUUUGAAAAUGGUUGGCAUUGGCGUAGACGGUGGUGGUGUUUUGGAGCUCUACCCUAUCAAUGGAAGUUCCAGUGUUGAGAGGGAAGAUCUUUCUUUCAACUUAGUGAGAGAUAUAAGAAACUAUUUUCAGAUCAGCCCAGAAUAUUUCUCCAUGCUCCUGGUUGGUAAAGAUGGCAAUGUAAAGUCUUGGUACCCUUCACCAAUGUGGUCCAUGGCUAUUGUUUACGAUUUAAUAGACUCUAUGCAGCUCAGAAGACAGGAAAUGGCCAUCCAGCAAUCCCUAGGAAUGCGCUGCCCUGAAGAUGAGUAUGGAGGAUAUGGUUAUCAUGGUUAUCCCCAUGAAGGAUAUGAGGAGGGAUAUCAGGAUGAUCAUCGGCACCAUGAGGGAUAUUACCAUAGAUAUCAUGACUAACAAAAUGAUCUUUUACCAAGAUUUGCAAUAAGAAUUUGAAUAUGUUAAUGAUAUUUGUAUUUUCCCACAGCUAUGAUCAUAGACUAUAUUUUUGUCUCUAUGUGUGUUGUUAAGAAAAUUAACUAGGCCACAAGUAGGCCAAAAAUACAUUUGUUUGCCUAUGGCAAACAAAACAAAAAUGGGAUAAGAGGUUUUGUUUUACUUUUUUUUAAUGCAAAGAUAUUUUUUCUCAUGUAUUUAUUGGAAAAAUUAUGCAACACAUUCAUAAACAUAUCUAUGGAGCAAGCCAUACACGUGUAGUGAUAUUAAGCAGACAGACGUGUUAUACCUAACCUUACCAAUCUUCAGUAUUUCCCUUACAUGUAUCUGUUUUUUUUUUUUUUUUUUUAACAUGUUUUUUACUCAAUUUGCACAUCACUCUCAAAGGAAAAAUUAUUUCUUUCCAGUUGCAGGUUUUAGGAGGAUAACUCCAUUCUCCUGAUGUGUCUAUUUUUGUAAAUACUUGUAUUUCCCAUACAAUAAUAAUUAAGGAAAAUCUUUUGUUAGAAGUUGACCUGUUCCUCUUGAUAAUACAUAGAUAGACAUCUGGGUGUUAAGUUAUGGUUGGGUGAGAAGAAUCCACUAUAUGCCUGGCAGGUGCCACCUGCUAUCUGCAGCUGACACCCACUGGUAAUGACUGACAUCAGAGAUCCAUCAGAAGCCGGUCAUUUAACUAUUGGAUGUUGUAUUCAGUACUGGUUGUAGCAUCAAAAAAGUUUUAAAGUGUGUAAUUUGGGGUGCAGCGACCCGAUGUAGUGCAUUGAACAAUAUAAGCAAUCCACUUAUUGCUUAUAAAAGUCUGCCACGAGGACUAAAAAGUAGAAAAAAAUAGAGAACUCAAAUCUGUCCCUUUUCCUGUUUUUUUAAUAAAAAAAAAAAGUAUACAUGAAAAAAAACAUUAAAGGACAUCUGCAGCAAAAGACAACUUAUCCCCUAUCCACAGGAUAAGGGAUAAGUAUCUGAUCGCGGGGGGUCCGACCGCUGGGACCCCCCCCCCCCUACGAUCUCCUGCAUGGGGCCCCCGCAAUGCCGCCCUAUGUGAGCGGCUAAUGUGCAUAGCGCGACCUCUCUGAGGUCGACAGUACGCCCCCUCCACGCCCCCUCCCCAUACAGUUCUAUGGGAGAGGCAGGUAGGCACGAACCCUGCAUCCCCGCCUCUCCCAUAGAGAUACAUGGAGGAGGCGUGUUGGCCGCAACGUCAUGCUGCGGUCGGCAUGCCUCCUGCACGGGAGAGCCGCGGCCCUGUGCAGGAGAUCGCUCGGGGUCCCAGUUGUCGGACCCCCAGCGAUCAGACACUUAUCCUGUGGAUAGGGGAUAAGUUGGCUUUUGCUGCAGGUGUCCUUUAAGUGUCACUGCAUGCAUAAUUGUCCAAACUUUUAAAAUACAAUGUUAUUGAUACUGCACCGUCAUUGGUGUAAACUGAUUUUUGGUCACAUCACAUCCAAGAUAAAAUGGAUGAAAAAUUGAUUAAAAAGUCAUCUGUAUGCAAAAGUGAUAAAACUAAAGAUCACAAUGUGGUAUCAAUGGAAUUGUACUGACCCUUAAAAUAAAGUAAACAUGUCCGUUUUAUCGUAUUCUGAAAAUAUUGCCCCAUGAGAUUGCGCACUUGCCUUUUUUUGUUUAGAUUUUACCCUACAAAUAGUUUGUAUUCUGCCUUCAUAAUACAUUAGGUGAUAAAAUGAAGUGAGCCAUUAAAAAGUACAACUUGCCCCACAAAAAAUCAAGCCCUAACCUGGCUCUGUGUAGAAAAAUACAAACAUGAUGGGUCUUAGAAGAUGAUGGGGAGGGAAAUGUAAGUAAAAAAUGUAAAUUCAAGGGGUAGGGAAAGGGUUACUGGAGUAUGUCCCGACACAUUGUGGCACUAUCUAUUCAGUGGUGUCAGUGUCUGACUAUGCAGGGAAACCCGUUAUUGACAAGGGAAUGUUAAUGGCAGUUUACAAUAUUAAUUUCCAAGAGGAAUAACAGAAAAGGCACAGUUCAGAGUUAAAAAAUAAAUAAAAAAAAAGGUGCUCCUGCAUUGUUAAUUUUUGGGGGGAUACAAGUACUUGUUAGGCAGAUAUAUCAGUAAAGUUAUGUUUAACAGCCACAUGCACAAAACGGAGGUUGUUCGUUGAGGAAAAUACUGAUGUUCCAGGAUAAUAUUGAUGUAAAUUCCUCAAAGGCGUAUUCUGAUUUGUUUAAAAAUCAAAUAAAAAAAAAACAUGCUUACCUUUCAGGCUCACGGAGCCAGUCCCAUUGUACAGCACUUGCUGUGUUUGCGGUUGAUGCAUGUAUUGCUCGCUGUUUUGCCAUUUACCAACCACUGAUUGGCUGAGUGGGUAGUGCAUGAACCGACCCCAAACACAGCAUGAACUGUGCAAUAGGACUGGCUCUGCAAGAACUGCAGCAGCAGGGGCAAGGAAGGUAAGUAUUUUUUUUACAAUUUGGAACACCCCUUUCAUAAUUCACAUUUUAAAGCACACAGUUUAUUGAUUCAGCCAACAAAUAGCUCCCCACAUUGGGGCUUAUUUAUAAAAGCUAGUAACAAAGAACAGAGAUUAGUAACUUGUAAAAUCCAGUAAGGUUACAGCAUUUUUUCUUGUAGUUCACGCUAUACACAGGAAUCCAUUAUAUGAUUAAUUGGCAUAAAUUAUGUCUCCAUAUUUUUACUUGUAAUAUUUUUGUUAAAUAAUCCCAAGUAUAUGAUGGUGAACGUUAGAAUGUCCACCUUUGAACACCAUUUUUAAUCUAAACAGAUGACAAAUUCUGUGUACUGCACAUCAUUUAUACAAUACAUGAGCUAAAGAAAGAAAGAGUAUGCAGCAAGCUCCUAAGCUCCCUCUAUUUAAAGGGAUUGUCAGGUGACAGAAACAACCUGUGUAUGGUGUCAAAAUGUUUAACAAAACAACUUACUAAUAUAGUGUUGAUAUCCAAAGUGAAGAGAUCACCCAUUUUAGCUGUGGUUUCUUCCUGUAAGUUGUGACGUCACAUCACAUCCUGAGCAGGGAGCUCUGUUCCUCCUCCCUGCCCCUACUUUCAGCACUGCAUCUUUCAUCAGGCAGGAGAGGCAUGGACCCACGUUUAUAACCUGAUGACAGCUGAGAACGGAGCUCCAUCAUUCCUUAUAUACAGGGGUCAAGUCCUGGAAAAAAAGUGUGGGAACUCCCCCAAGAUUUCCAAUACUGUUUCUAAUAUAGUUUGCGCAAAAAAGCAAACAAAAACGUCCAAGCUAAAACUUGACAUCCUGCACAGUUCCAGGAUUCUUACAGGCCGCAGGCAUACAGCUGCCUACGGUUUAUAAGAGUUUAGUAACAGGGCAAGACUCAUUGCUCAGUCUCAGAUUUUACCUGUAUACACAUUAUUUUUUAUAACAGGCUAACCCUUUGUGUUAUCCUACUAGGGGGCUGUUGCCAUCACCAUUUAAACUUAAGCUUAGAAUAUACAAAAAGGGUUGCCAACACAUACUUUGGUGUACUGGCAGUGGUCUGUUUUACUUUAAUGGCCUAAACGUUGUCAACUAGUUUUAGUUCAUUCCCUGCAUGUAUGUUUACUUUGCAGCACUGUAAAGCACAGCAGACCACACUUUUUAGUAAACAUAUACAUGCAGAAAAUGGACUAAACAUAGACACUAGCCCUUGAUUAUGUUUAGGACACUAACGUAAAUGGGGGCACUGCCACUACACCGCAGUAUAUGUUGACAUCUCUGUUUGACAGAAUAUAUACCCUAAGUGUAAGGUUAAAUCAUGAUGUGAAUUUUUGGGACCAUAUAUAUAGUAUGAGGAGAGAAGGAGAGAACAGAGGUAACUAGUGCCCCCUACCUCCACUUCUACAAAUAUUCCUACAUACGGUGACCAUAUAAUGGUAGAUAUCAGACAGGCUCUGCAGACCAUAUAGGCGAUUACAUACAGUAACAUCAGCUGAUCAGAGUCGGUUACUUUCCUUUUUCUUCUUCAUCCAGCCCAGAAUGUCAUGAUGAUUAAUUCUAGCCACAGAACCUGCAAGACAAACAUUUUAGGCUCUGCACUUUUCCAGAACCUAUAGUGCCCCAAACAGCAGUAAUGCCCCCCUGUAGAGAUUGGCAGCCUUCCCUUAUAGCCCCUAUAUGGCAGUAGGGGGCCUACUACAGUAGGGGGCUGAAGUUAGUUACCAUCACAGUCCGACUCCACAGUAGUGGCUGUUCUGCUCCUCAUUGGCGGGCCUGGUGUAUUCUAGCAGAUGUGACUGUCUCAGCACGUCUACUCCCAGCAGCCAUUGCACUGUUAAAGUGGUAGGGGGUGGCUGCAUUUCUAAUGUGGCGGUGACGGCCCUGGGUGACUGUCACUCAAGAAUAUACACUGUAAUAAAUUAUCUUUCUGAUAACCGACUGUAACAACCCCUUUAUAGAAUUAAGGACACAGCUCAUUUUGGCCUUGAAGACACAGAUAGUAAACAGUUAUUUUGUUUAGAUUUUUUCCUCCUCACUUUCUAAGAGCUAUAACUAAUUUUGCCAUCCACAGACCCAUAAGAGGCUUGUUUUUGCACGACCAAUUGUACUUUGUAAUGACAUCACUCAUUUUACUAUAAAGUGUAUGGCGCAACAAAAAUUUUUUAUAAUUUGUGAGGGAAAUGAAAAAGAAAAAUGCAAUUUGGCAACUUUUUUUUUUUGGGGGGGGGGGGGAUGUUUAUUUGGAAUGCACUUUAUGGUACAACAUCUUUAUUCUGUGGGUCAAUAUGAUUAAAAUGAUACCCAUGCCUACAUGCUUUUUAUUAUUGUACUGCUUUAAAAAAAAAAAAAAAAAAGCAAAGCAUUUUUUUUUUUAUUGUAUUCUGACCCCUAUAACUUUUUUACCCUCCUCAUGUAAUCACCUUACUACAGGGGUGACACACUGUAACAAACCUCCUCCUCAUGUAAUUACCCUUCUACUGUGGGGACACACUGUAACAAACCUCCUCCUCAUGUAAUUACCCUUCUACUGUGGUGACACACUUUAACAAAUCUCCUUCCUCCACAGUAUCACACAGGUCCUUCAGCCACGAUCUUUCCUCUCCUCCACAACUAAGCUCCGCCCCCAACAUGUGAUGGUGACAUCAUCAUAGGUCCUAAAUCUCCAGCAUCUAGCAGUCCGGGCCAGGGGAGGAAACAGAGGGAGGGUAAGAAUAAUUCAGAGGUCGGUCCUGCAGGACUAAUGUAACAGGGACGGCAUUCCUCCUCUGGAAAAAGCAAAGGAACGCCGUUCCUGUGCCUUCCUGCAGGACUCAUUAUUAUAUGAUCAGCCAUUAACAAGCCCUCUCCUGCACAUUACUGCGGUUCCCUGCUGACACUAAGGGAAGGGAGGGGGAGGAGAGAGGUAGCUCCCUGCUCCGGCUGUGAUAUAAUGUCACAGUAACAGGAAUAAAACAACAGCUGAAACCGGUAAUCAUUUUACCUUGGAUAAUAACACUAUAUGGGUAAGAUGCUUUAUUAUACUGUGGCAUCAGGGUGUGAGGUGCAGGGUAGAUGUUAUAACCCAAGGGGCAGAUCUUAUUAACCCCUUCUUGUCAUGACGCCAGGGUGUGGUUUAGCCUUAACCACCCAAAGGUAAUACUGCUGGUCCUGGGCUAGGCACGGGGGCAAUGAAGACACAACGCCAAGUUACGGACAAACGGUAGCUUUACUGAGGGUAGACAGUUGAUACAGUCUAUGCAGUACAGCCAAUAUCCCAAGAAGGUGACCAGUGACACAGGGGGACCUCGCAGGCUUGCUGGGACUUGCAGUAGUUAGACAGACUUUGGUGCAGGACACGGUGACUAAAUAGUAGACUUGACUUGACUGACUUGAUGACUGACAAUUAGAUGACUUUGGCUUACUUGCAAUUGACAGGUGGCUGCAAACUUUAGGCUUGAGGCCUCCAAUGCUCCGGACACACACUGAGACGACUGCACUGGACCUGAGGAACUAAGAGAGAGAUUGCAGUCCCUCCCCUGGUUAUAUAGGGGGGCUGUGCAAGGAGCCCAUAGGUCACUUGGGGGUUACCUGGUCACCAGUGCUUCCUGGGUAACAAUCACAUAGUAUAACAAAGAAACAGUACAUUAUUAAUAUCACAACUUAUAUACACAGGGGUUAAUACAUAAAGGGGGCCCUGGGGACAUGGAGAGAUUCUGCCUGAAAGGGCAGGAGAAGUACGGGGAAACGCCAUCCCGUACUGGGCCACCACAAUACAUUUUGACACCAUACACAGGUUGUUUUUGUCGCCAGACAAUUUCUUUAACUUUAUGUCUAUGUAGGGGAUUUGGAGGUUGGUAACAGAUAAAAUGAGCUCCAAGAAAUAAAUGUUGAACCCUAAAGUAACAUGGCGACAUUCAUUUUUAGACAUUAGGCACUUUGACAUCUUAUGUCCAAUUGUUUCUCUCUUUUACUUGUAAUUUAAUAAUCACAAGUGUUUAAAAGCUCAUGUAUUGUUCAUGUGGCUACUUUUAUGUAUAUUUUGUUUUAAUAGUAGAUCUAUACUUCUAGAAUUUGUUUUUAGGAACCUGUAUCCUGCAUAGAUCUUCCAUCACAUGCUGAUGCAGACCAUGCAGAUAUUCAUUACAGAGCAGUAUUCUAUUUCAUUGCCCAAAGUUUAGCUUAUAAAUAGUUAGAAUUAGACAUUCCAUCCAAAUAAUGGUAUAUUGAUAUGUGUAUAUAUCUCAAAUGUGGCCUUUAUGAGGCAUGCCAUGCAGUUAAGUAUUAUCAUGUGGUUACUUAUCCAGCACCUAUUUGCUGCUGGGAUCAUUAAACUGUUUAUGGGGGUAUGUUUACAGUGUUCUCUAUAAUAAUAAUAUUACUAAAGGCAGUCCAAAAUCCCAAGAACUUAGUUAUUUUCAGUAAAACAAUAUAGUUAAUUUAUAGAUAUUCAUCUGAUUGGUGGACAUAUGCCCCACCAAUCAGCUGCUUGCCAGAGCCACAAUACAUGCAUAGAGGUUGUGCUGAAUUACUGCAGCUCAGCUCCUAUUUACUUUAAUGAAAGCUGAGUUGAAAUAAUUCAGCAUGGCCACUACACAAUGCAUUGCGCUAUCAGCUUCUGGUCCCAUUUACUGUCUAUGUUGGUAUUGCAGCUAUGAAAUGCAUAGGCAUGUCUACCUGAUCUCCCUGUUGCUAUAUUUGAGAUCCUUAAAACAUGGAUAUUGAAUAUAGCAACCAUAACCUGCUACAGGUCAAUGCAGCAUCACACUUACCGACUCCAAGCACAUAGUCUUGUGCAUUGAUUCCUACAUAUUAAGUUGCCCUACAAUACAAUCCUGUAGAAAAUAGUUGAUAUAACAGUUCCGUAUUAAAAGGCGUUAUCCAGGAAUAGAAAAACACAGCUACUUUCAAUCAAAAACAGCUCUCCGUCUGUCUCCAGGUCGGGUGUGGUUCGGCAGCUCAGUUCCAUUGAAGUGAAUGGAGCCAAGUUGUGAAACCACAUCCAACCUGGAGACAGAGGUGGAGCUGUUUUUGAAAGAAAUUAGCUCAGUUUUUUGCUGACAUGCAUCCCUCUCCCAUGAUGCUGCUCCGCUGUAUGUUAAUGUUUGCACAAUAAACAUCACCAUCUGUUUGCCAGAUGGGUGAGUGCCAUUCUUGAAUUCUAUUUCAUUUGUAAUUGUGUUUGCUUAGCAUUGCCUAUGACAUUUACUGAGGCGGACACAGUUAUUGCUAUCAAAGCUAUUGAUAGCAGGUGGUCCAUGAAACAAUCCCUUUAAAGUAGCUGGGUUGCAAUACCGCACAAAGCCCAUGGGCAAGGGCUUUCUAACUACCAUUUGUUGUUUGUCCAUAAAGUUUGCUUAUGGAGGCAACAUCUUCCACUCUGAACCUUUACAUGGCUCAGUGGAAGUUCUUGUUAUGUCUGAUCCGUGAGACGUUGCGAAUGUUUAUAACUGCAAAAACAUUACAAAAAACAUCAUGGUGCUAUAAUGGGCUUCAUGAAGGGCACAACAACAGCAAUGCAAAGUGCUACAAAGAAAAAUCAUAAUGUAAUCUUUACCUACAAAACUUGG